AUGGACAUGGUCUUAGUAUCCGUGGGCCCACUGUCCCCGUUCAUGUUUGACUCUCCCCAUGCGGAGUUGGUGCCACCAGGCUUCACACCCGGCUCCGUUGCGGACGCCAUGCUGCACAUCAGUGAUCUAACACUUCGCUUCGACGUGCUCGCGAAGUCCAUCGACAGUUCGUUCCACCCUGUGCGUCACGCAAUGGAAAAUCACCCCAUUCAUACACGUGCACUGCACAAGCGUCAGUUUGACGUGAUGCGCUACGGUAUGGUGUUGGAUGAAGUGGAGCGGCUCGUCCUGGUGCCAAUGCCACGGCUGUGCGGUGACAGCGGCAUGAAGGUCUCUCAGGAAUACGCCGCCAUCUUUGGUGGUGACUUCAAUCAGACGCCGUGCGCGUCGCACCCUAUCCUGACAGAGUACUGCUUUGUUGUGUACCAGCUGCCGGCGAAGGAUGAGGGGGAAGGGGCCUGUCCCACACCACUGUUCCGCCUUGUCUUUCGAAACGAGGCAUUCAAUGAACAGGUGAAGAUGCAUCUCGUAGAAUCCUUUCCUCUAUUUCGUCUGCGCUCUGUGUAUGUGUCUCACACGAAAUACUAUUCCCUUCAACACCAGCUCAACUUGUACGCCAAGGCAUCGGCAUCCAGCGAGCGUCUACCUGAUACUGCAUUGGAGGAAACGCUGGGUAUAUCACCCCUGCGGUGGCUAUUUGAUGCGUGGCUGAUGGUCUUGGAAGGCAUUGCACCCACGUGGCUUGUGGACAAGGGAGUUGGACCGGACAUCGUUACCUUGUUCCUCGCCUCACACCGCCCAGAAGGAAAAUAUGAUGUAAAGGAGAGUUUGGAGGCUUACUCGCAACUGCCUGUAGACAAUCGUGUACGAUGCUCGUAUUAUGCAACUGGUGAACGUUUGCAUCAGCGUGUUCAUGUUAUGGAAAGAGAUCCUGAAAUGAUCAAUAAUUGGCGCAAAGGAUCGUACGAUAUUCGUUUCUUUGAUGAGGAUGCGGUUGACUCUGAGCCAAGGGUGCAAGUGGCCCAUUGCUUUCGCAUACUCCUCUGCCGAAGGAAGCCAGGAAGAAACUAUGUUGAGGAUGAUGAGAUUGCUGCCUUUAUACCAGAAGAUGAUGAGUGUAAACCACUACAGGUAUACAACACAUUGGCAGCAGAGCGACUGCGGUUGUGGGUUCUAAAGGGCCUUCUCACCGCUGAGCUGCACGGGAUUCACUGUGUUAUGAUUGAGUUUGACACCGCAAUGGUGGUGGCAAAAUGUGUCGGGCUCCUUUGGGGUGGUGGAGAGGAGGACCGCCAGUGCGAAGUUGUUUUCCAUGUGUGCAAGAUUAUUGUGGAAACGGUGGAGGACUACGUGCAACACAGUGGCGUUAUUUGGCGCGCAAUCAUUGUCACCUCGGAUGCGGACUCGCGGAAGGCGGCUAACCUCUGCCAGUCGAUACUGGAGGUCACACAAAUGGCAAAAACCCGCGUGGAGAUUGAGGAGCGGCAGUGCGUUGCCGACAAGGCAGCCCGAAAAGAAGGUUCGUCAACACCAUCCGCCAGCGGUGUCACUGCGCCAGCAGAAGGGGAGGAAGAGGACGCCGAUUAUGAAGAUGGUGAUAAGGAUCAUGAUGAUGUGCGGGAGACCGAAAAAGCUAAUGCACAGGUCGCGUUGUUGAAGGGAGGUGCGGUGGCAAUGACGCUGACAACGCGAACAAUGAUGACAAUGAUGGAAAAUGCGACCAAUACUGCUCUCCUCAACGCUUCUCCGCUUCACACCGUUGCAAAGUUCUCGGAAGGCAUCAGGGACCGUGCGGCGCGGUGUGGUGUGCGCAUCUCCGACGGCGAGCUGUACCCCAUCUUCCUCGCUCUCUCUGAUGGCGGGGAGAGGGUUGCAAUCAGCGACAUUGUGCAGCUUAUUCUCGAAAAGCAGGAGGAGAUGAAUGUCCCCGAAUGCAGCAGGCGCUGCAGCCAAACGAGGUUGCUGUGGCCGCACGAUCACCCUAUCUGCGCCUUGGAUAGCUGUGGUGUUCCAUACGAUGAGCAAAGUGUCAUGAACUUUGUAAAGAGUUUUCAGCGACGGCCCUACCGCGCCCAGGUAGGUGACUGCAGGGCUACAAUGAAACAGACACCUGACGAUGCACCAGAAUCCCUCAACUAUGUUGAGUUUUCAAUGUUGAUGCUCGCCCUGGCACGGCAGUAG